AGGCAGAGGUCUCAUCAGAUGUGGCCCAGGCUGCAUCAUAUACACCUGAGUGUUAUUGCAGUCCCUUUGCAGCCUCGUGCAGCAGUUGCCCUGAGUUAAGCUGCAAAUUCAGCUUCCCUUUGGUCACAAAGCUCAGCUGCUUGUGCAUACUUCUCUCAACUUUGGGCUGAUUGGGUUAAUUCCACCCUUCCUCAACAAGGUAGCUCUGCAAAUACCCUUCUCCUUGCCAUGUCUUUUUCUAGUUGAGUUCUCUAUUCCUAGGAGCAUUGGUUCUUCCUCUUUUCACAGGAUCUCGACUUGUCCUGGGCAAGCCAGCUCUUUGCUUCUGCUCCUGAGAAGUGCCAAGAUUCUGCAACGCUGACUCCAACUGCCCUCUCGUGCCUAGACUUUGGGCUGCUUUCCGGAUACCUGCAUAAGCAAGCCCUUGUCACUACUACCCACUCCUACUUGAACCCUGCUUUUUCCUUCUGGCUACACUUGUGUUCCUUUCUCUCCUUCCCCACCUCCACCCUUCAUGCACAAUGCAUAAAGGAUGGAAAAAGUACUGCGGCCAAAAGUCUCUGAGUGAGGCAACAAUGGAUGAAUAUUUAGGCAGCUUAGGGCUGUUUCGAAAGCUGACUGCCAAGGAUGCCUCUUGCCUCUUUCGGGCUAUUUCGGAGCAGUUGUUUUGCAGCCAGGUCCAUCAUUUGGAAAUCAGGAAGGCUUGUGUCUCAUAUAUGAGAGAAAAUCAACAAACUUUUGAGUCUUAUGUGGAGGGAUCUUUUGAGAAAUACCUGGAACGGUUGGGAGAUCCCAAGGAAAGUGCUGGCCAGCUGGAAAUAAGAGCUCUUUCUCUAAUUUAUAAUCGAGAUUUCGUUCUGUAUCGCAGUCCUGGAAAGCCUCCAACUUAUGUCACAGAUAAUGGCUAUGAUGACAAGAUUCUACUCUGCUAUUCAAGUAAUGGUCAUUAUGAUUCAGUAUACUCAAAACAAUUUCAAUCAAGUGCAGCUGUUUGUCAAGCUGUAUUGUAUGAAAUUCUCUAUAAAGAUGUGUUUGUUGUGGAUGAAGAAGCAUUGAAGACUGCAGUUGAAUUGUUUCGAAGUGGUUCCAAGAAGAACAGAAACAGUGCUGUCACUUGCAGUGAGGAUGCCCAUGUUGCCUACAAGAAUUUAACUCAGGAUAGGACUGAAGAGUGGGGUGCUUGCUGCAAUGUUGAAAAUAUACCAGAGGGGUACAACGAACGAACUGAAGAAGCAAAGUCUCCAGAAAAUCCAUCAAAGAUGCUCUUCCCCUAUAAGGUGCUCAAAGCUCUGGAUCCAGAAAUCUAUCGUAAUGUAGAAUUUGAUGUUUGGUUGGACAGCAGAAAAGAACUUCAAAAAGCUGAUUAUAUGGAGUAUGCUGGGAGACAUUACUAUUUGGGAGACAAGUGUCAGGUUCGCUUGGAAUCAGAUGGAAGAUAUUAUAAUGCUCAUAUUCAGGAAGUUGGAAAUGAGAACAAUUCAGUAACAGUUUUCAUUGAAGAAUUGGCUGAAAAGCAUGUUGUUCCACUGGCUAACUUAAAACCAGUUACUCAAGUGACAUCUGUUCCUGCCUGGAAUGCUGUGCCUAGUCGGAAAGGAAGAGGUUACCAGAAAAUUUCUGGGGGCUAUUUCCCAGAAAUGGUUAUGUCAGAGAUGGACAUGAAGCAACAGAAGAAGAUGUUCAGGAAAGUUAGAGGGAAAGAAAUUUAUAUGUCUGUGGCUUACAGCAGGGGAGAUACCCUUCCCCCAUCCAGGCUUCAGCAUAGUAUGCAUUAUGGGCAUGACCCUCCAAUGCACUACUCACAGUCUGCUGGCAAUUUUAUGGCUAAUGAACAUUUUUAUCCUCAACAUUCAUCUCAGAGACAAGUUCGGGGAUAUGGGAUGCCCAGGGACUCAUCUCGCUUUAUUAACAGGCCUAACAUGGUGGAUCCUAAAAUUGGUUUUUACCCUGGCCCAGGGAAAAAGUGCUGUCAGAGCUAUGAUAACUUCUCCUAUAGAUCUCGUUCCUUUAGACGUAGUCACCGCCAGAUGCAUUGUGUGAAUAAAGAGUGCCAAUAUAGCUUUGCCCCAGAAAAUGGACAGAUGCCCAGAGGCUUAGAAGAAACCAUUACUUUUUAUGAAAUUGAAGAAGGGGAUGAGACUGCUUAUCCAGCUUUACCUAAUCAUGGAAGGCCCUCUACAAUGGUUCCUCCUACUUCGUCAUACUGUGUUGCAAGGCGAGGACAUAGCUCAGGCAAACAGACUUUGAGUUCAGAGGAGGGCAAUGGCCAGUGUGACAAUGGGGGAUAUCAUGAAGAAUAUAUUUAUCCUUCAGAACCAGACUAUGAAACUUCAGGUGUUUAUAGCACAACUGAAUCUACAGCAAACUUGUCUCUUCAGGACAGAGGACCAUGUUCUAUGUCUCCUCAGGACACAGUUACCUCAUGCAUCUACCCCCAGGAGGUGAUGGUAAAUUCUGCAGCAAUUGCAGCUUCCUGUGCCAAUAAUGUUCCAGCUCAAGUCUUAUCUAACAGUGCAGCAGCUAAUCAACCUAGUAGUACCACUUCAGUUUCCUCACAGAAGGCUAUACAGCCUUUAUUUGUAUCUUCACCUAUACAAGGCAGGCCAGUGAUUGUUUCACCAUCCUAUCCAUACCUCUCUGCUCACGUGCCUGCUGUCGCUGCUUCUCUGCCACCACCACCACCACCUCCUCCUCUCCCUCCUUUUCCUAUUGAGGUGGGAGAUGCUUCAAACUUACCACCACCACCUCCACCUUAUUCCUGUGAUCCAAGUGGCAGUGAUUUGCCUCAAGAUACAAAAGUUUUGCAGUACUAUUUCAAUCUGGGAUUGCAGUGCUAUCACCACAACUACUGGCACUCCAUGGUCUGUGUGCCACAGAUACAUCAGCAGCAGCUUCAUGUAGAGAAUUAUCCCAUCUGUAGUGAGACACCUACUCUGGUAGAUCAGACCAUUCCUCAGUUGUACAGUGAGGUAGAGAGACAAGAUGGCACACAGGCAGAAGCAUCAGCAAAUGGUACUUUUCCAAAUGCUGACCCUGCAUCUGUCCCUCAUGGAGCAGUUUAUUAUCCAGUUAUGUCAGAUCCCUGUGGGCAGCCACCUUUGCCGGGUUUUGAUUCCUGCCUUCCCAUUGUGCCCGAGUAUUCCUAUGUUGCCCCCUGGCACCCCAUUGGUGCAGCAUAUGGUGGUUCUCCACAAAUUCAUGGUGCUAUGAAUCCUGGGCCAGUUGGCUAUAUUGCUUCACCUCCCUCAGCUUCUCAUUAUGCACCUCGGAAUAUGUUUUACUACUUCACUGUUUCCCUAAUAAUCACCACCGCAUUUGAGUUGAAUUUUCUUUUUAUGGCCGCCAGAGGGAAGCUUGGAAAUCAUGUGUUACUAUCGUUGUGGCAGAAAUUUGGUCGGUGGGAGGAGACAGAUGCACAAGCUCUGAAGAUUAGAAAAGGGCUGUUUGAUGUGCACUAG